UAAAGUAAACAAUCCAAAAAAUCCAACCUUUUUGUUGAAUUGUCAAAGAAAAUCAAAUUUUUUUAUCUCUCAAUUAAUUCUGUUUAUUUGUGUAAUUACUUUUAAUUAUUGACCAAUUAAUUAACUAUCUGAAUCCUAAUGUCUGUAGCAAACAUGGAAAAACAUUUGUUCAACUUGAAAUUUGCGUCAAAGGAUUUACUGAGGAAUUCAAAGAAAUGUGAAAAGGAGGAGAAGAAGGAGAAAGAGAAAUGUAAAAUGGCCAUUCAGAAAAACAACUAUGAAGCUGGAAAAAUUCAUGCUGAAAAUGCUAUCAGACAAAAGAAUCAAUCACUUAAUUAUCUUCGUAUGAGUGCUCGGGUUGAUGCGGUGGCCAGUCGUGUACAAACUGCUCUGACCACUAGAAAAGUAACUCAAAGUAUGACCGGUGUUGUUAAAGCGAUGGACGCUGCCAUGAAAAGUAUGAAUUUGGAAAAAAUAUCUUCCGUUAUGGAUAAAUUUGAGAAACAAUUUGAAGAUCUUGAUGUACAAUCAUCCGUCAUGGAAGAUACUAUGAGCUCGACAACAACACUUUCAGUACCACAAAAUGAUGUCGAUAAUCUGAUGAAACAAGUUGCCGAAGAAGCUGGAAUCGAAUUGAAAAUGGAGUUACCAAGAGAGGAAACUGCAAGUAUUGGUGAAUCAAGCAUCGCCGCUUCAGAGCAAGAUGAUUUAAGCCAAAGAUUAGCGAAACUGCGAAACAUGUGAUAAAAGAAAAAAGAAAAACACAAUCAAAAAGAUGCAAAAAGUUCAACUCAAAGAUUCAACAAUUAACAAUUCCAUGAUAAGAAAAGCUCAGGCUUAUUCCUUGUUCCCAGAGAGAAAAAAAGAAAACAUAUUCAUCUCAAUAAUAUAUCUUCUAGACGAAUUGUUUUGAUUGCCUUAAGGAACCUGAAAGAAUAUAAAAAAAACCAAAGGAUAAAACAAAGAAAAGGGAAUCAAAUCAAUUGAUAAACACAAUUAAAAAUCUUUUUUUUCCCAAACCAUUACAUCAACUUAAAUGAAGGAAUCUAAUUGAACAAAAAUUGAAAAGAAUUGAUAAAAAAAAAUGAAAAGUCAAAUUUACCUUUAUAUAAAUAUCCAAAUUGUAAUGAUUGUGAAAAAUAUUUUAAUAACAUCAUCAAUUGACAUCAACA